AUGCCCUCUUCGUCGAAAAUCCUUGGAGAUCAGCAUGAUCGUCCUUUACCAAAAGCUGUCCCCUCCAAAGAUUCUUCUGAAGAAAAAUCGAAAAAUAAUAUUGGCUAUUUUAUCGUUGGCGCUAUCUUCAUCUUGGCUGUAAUUUUCUUAAAUUCGGACACAAGCAGCGGUGCUGGUGCCUGUGAUGGAGACAGCAAUCUUCCCUGCGAUUAUGAUACCACUGUUUCGCCUGAAGAAAACACUCUUCAGCCAAGUUCAUUCAAUUUUGCGACAUCUUUUUCGAAUGAAGGGUUGAUCGAUUUGGAGACUGUUGGAAUUUGCGACGGAAAUCAUAAUUAUUCUGUUUCUGCUCAUGCUUUCCUCCAAUCUCCAAAUUACCCGAACAAUUACGACCCCUUUUUGGAGUGUACAACCAGAUUUUCGACUAACUCCGACGGCCUGACCUUUGAAUUCACAAAAUUCGAGGUCGAACAUGGAUUUGACAACCUCGUCUUCCGCGAUUCCUCCGCAGAAGAAUAUGCUUUCAGUGGAAUUCAAACGGGAAUGACUGUCUCCUUCUCUUCUUCCUACGUCGACGUUCAUUUCGAAUCCGAUCACAGUGUGGAGGACUCCGGCUUUUCUUUAAAAGUCAAAGCUGGGUACGAGUCAAGCUUUGAUGCAGAAGACCUUUAUUAA